AUGGAAUCACGACCUUCUACAGCUGUCGGCCGACGUGUCAGUGCUGCUGCUGUUCAUCCUUUUCCAAAUCCAUCAACGGUAGUCAUUGUUCUCGGUGCUCAAUGGGGUGAUGAAGGCAAAGGCAAACUGGUCGAUUUAUUAGCUUCUGAAGCUGAUAUAGUUUGUCGUUGUCAAGGAGGCAAUAAUGCUGGUCACAGCGUUGUAGUUGAAGGAGUUGAGUAUGAUUUUCAUAUGCUUCCAUCUGGUUUUCAUUUACAAAAUUGUAUUAAUAUCAUUGGUAAUGGUUGUGUAGUCAAUCUACCAGAAUUAGUUGAAGAAAUACAAAAAAAUGAAUCUCGUGGUGUUACAAAUUGGUCUGAACGUCUCUUUAUUUCUGAUCGAGCACAUUUAGUUUUUGAUUUUCAUAAACAGACUGAUGGAUUAAUUGAACGAGGACGUGGUACGGGCAGUCUUGGUACAACUAAAAAAGGUAUUGGACCAACAUAUUCAUCGAAAGCAACAAGAAAUGGUAUUCGAAUGAUUGAUUUAAUAGGUGAUUUUUCAAUAUUUGCUGAAAAAUUACGAAAUCUUUUUAAUUACUAUAAAUUAACAUUUCCCGAUCUGGAAGGUGAUGUUGAAAAAACAAUUGAACAAUUUAAAAAACUUGCUGACUAUUUCCGUCCAAUGACAAUUGAUACAAUAUCUUAUUUAAAUCAAGCUAUUAUGGAUGGUUCAAAAUCAAUUCUUGUUGAAGGUGCUAAUGCUACAAUGCUUGAUAUU